GGAAUGGCUUGCACCAGGAGAACUAAAACUUUGGUAUCUACAUGUGUGAUCUUGAGUGGCAUGACCAACAUCGUAUGUCUACUGUACGUUGGAUGGGUCACUAAUUACAUCGCCAAUGUGUACAUCAAAGUUCCGAUGCCCGUUCCAGUGAAAAAGUUAGACGGCGACAAAAAAGGAGAAACACUGCGGAUUAUUGAACGUCUGGACCGACUUGAGAAUGUAGUCAAUCAGCACAUACAAGAAACCCCACUGAAAGGAGAUGACGAUCAAGCAGAGAAAUCUUUUUCGGAUUCCUCCCUGUUCAGUCACUGGGGUCAGGAGCUGAGUGCAGAGAACCGCAGAGUCGCCCUCAAAAUGUUCCAGUACUAUGGUUACAAUGGCUACCUCAGUGACCGCUUGUCUAUGGACAGAAUUAUUCCUGAUUUUAGGCCUGAGGGGUGUAAAAACAUCUCUUAUUCAACAAACCUUCCCCAGGUCAGUAUAGUGUUCAUUUUUGUGAACGAAGCUCUCUCUGUCAUCCUGCGCUCCAUUCACUCAGCCAUUAACAGAACGCCCACCCACCUCCUCAAAGAGAUCAUCUUGGUGGAUGACCACAGCAACAAUGAUGAGCUGAAGGAGAAGCUGCAAGUAUUUGUGGAGGAGACAAAUGCCAAGCGCCCCGGCUUUAUCAAAGUAGUCCGCCACACCAAGCAGGAAGGACUCAUUCGCUCUCGUGUGAGUGGCUGGAGAGCAGCCACUGCCCCUGUGGUGGCCCUGUUUGAUGCCCAUGUGGAGUUCAAUACUGGAUGGGCUGAACCUAUCCUCCAGCGGAUCAAAGAAGACAGGACUCGGAUUAUAUCUCCAUCGUUUGACAAUAUCAAAUAUGACACAUUUGAGAUUGAGGAGUAUCCCCUCUCUGCUCAGGGCUUUGACUGGGAAUUGUGGUGUAGAUAUCUGAACCCACCCAAAUCCUGGUGGAAUCAGGCUAACAACACUGCCCCAAUAAGAAGUCCGGCUCUGAUUGGCUGCUUUGUGGUAGACAGGCAGUACUUUGAAGAGAUUGGUCUACUGGAUGAAGGAAUGGAGAUUUACGGAGGGGAGAAUGUGGAGCUGGGUGUCCGGGUGUGGCAGUGUGGCGGUAGCGUGGAGGUGCUUCCCUGUGCCCGUAUUGCCCAUAUUGAGCGCGCUCACAAGCCUUAUACAGAGGACCUGACCGCCCACGUGCGCCGAAAUGCCCUGAGAGUGGCCGAGGUGUGGAUGGAUGAGUUUAAGAGUCAUGUGUAUAUGGCCUGGAACAUUCCACAGGAGGAUUCGGGGAUAGACAUUGGUGAUAUCACGCAAAGGAAAGCUCUGAGGAAAAGGCUGCGGUGUAAGACAUUCCGCUGGUAUCUGGUGAACAUCUACUCGGAAAUGAGAAUGUACACAGACACAGUGGCAUAUGGGAUGCUAAAGAACUCUCUAAAGACUGACCUGUGCUUGGAUCAGGGGCCAGACACAGACAACGUUCCCAUCAUGUACCUCUGUCAUGGAAUGACACCACAGACUGUGUACUAUACCAGCAGUCAGCAGCUAUUUGUGGGUCUGCUCAGUCCCACCAUAGAUGAUGAUGACAACAAGUGCCUGGUGGAUGUGAACGGCAGACCUCGACUCAUUGAGUGCAGCUACGCUGUCGCCAAGCGCAUGAAGCUCCACUGGCUGUUUACUCAGGGAGGGUCCAUACAGAACAGGAAGUCAAAGCGAUGCCUCGAGCUUGUGGAAAGCAAUGACAAUGAGUUUGGAUAUCAACUGGCUCUACAAAAAUGCAGCAGUCAGAAAUGGACUAUCACCAAUAUGCUACCUGGCAGUUCUUUUUGA